AUGAUCUUUAAACUAAUAAAAUAUAAUAAAUAGCAGGAACAAGUGAUGUUCGCCAAGAUUCCAAAAGUCAAGUUCAACUUCAAUAAAGCUCAAAUGUAUACUUCUGACGCUAACUCCCAUCUUAUGAGCCACAGAAAUGAAGCCAAGUCAAUGAUUUUGAAGCGGAAUUUGUCAUGAUUUCGAACUUCAAAGAAGAACAGACAGAGCAAGUCAAGACUCAUGAAUGUGCGCAAGUAACAGAGCCUUACUUAACGGAAAUUCACGUUUCAGAGACCACAACAACCAGUCUGAGAAAGUUCUGCAUCAGCUGGCAGACAUUAAAAUUAAAAAGCUUCCGAAAGUGUUCAACUACUACCAAGAAGACCCUGACUCUAAGAUGCAGAGGUCGAUGAGUCUGAGUUCGCACUCCAAAGGGUUCCGCAUCAGGAAGUCUGGAGACAAAAUAGCCAUCCCUACCGAGAAAGAAGGCAAACUCUCUUUCAGGUCGAUCCUCACAACUAUCAUCGAGCGGAACAAGCGAUUCGAACAGCAGAGGCCUCCCAUUGACAAGAUCAGGAGCCUGAUCCUCGGGAGCAAGAGAGCCAGAGAAAGAGCCGAGAAAUCAUGGAAGGACGACAGAGCCAGCUUCACUCCGUUCGUAGCUCCAGCGCCAGGGCCUCCACAAGAAGUGCAGGGAGCUGUGCAGAAGAUCAGAAUCAGGAUCCGGUCGAAGGCAAAGACCCCAAUGAUCCACUAAGCUAUUUAACUCAGAAGAAGGAAUAUCCUCUGUGCAAUAUGC